UGGUGGGGUGCUGUGCCUGGGAGCUUGUCCAGGCCCGAUGGCUUUUCCGCAGGCUGGCUGAGGAGCUAAUUAUCGAGGCGGCGGACCGAGGGUGUUUGCCUCUUGACCUUUUGUGACGCUGCCUGUCGAAGCGCGCUUGGCCGCCUCCCAGGGGAAAUGCUAUCCCAAGUGCGAAGUUGCCCACUGCUGGGCAGCUAAAAAAAGGGACUCAAAAUCUGCCUAGCGGUUUGGAAGUCUGGCCCGGGGUGUGUGAGCGGCGAGGAGACAGCGAGCUCCGGAGGCUUCUGGGCGUGGAGGCUGAAAAUAUUUGGUUGACAUGACAAUGGAGACGGCCUGGCAGCUUGUCAAGCGCCGGGUCCAGGAAUGUCCUUGUCCCACCCUACCCCCCCAAGCCAGUUCACACACAUGCACACACAUGCACACAAAAGCUCACACAUGCACACAGAAACACACAUGCACACACAAACCCACAUGCACACACACACAAAUGUGCACACAUGCAUACAUGUACCCACAUGCACACACAAACACACAUACACACAAAAGCUCACACAUGCACACAGAAACACACAUGCACACAAACACACAUGCACACACACAUACACACAAAUGCACAUACAUGCACACAGAAACACACACGCACACACAAACACAUACAAACGUACACACAUGCACACGUCCACCCACAUGCACACACACACACACACAAAAGCUCACACAUGCACACAGAAACACACACGCACACACGAACACAUAUAAACGUGCACACAUGCACACGUCCACCCACAUGCACACGUCCACCCACAUGCACACGCAAACACACAUGCAGGCACAAACACAUACACACACGCACACACACGGACACAGAAACACAAGCACACACACAGGCACACAUGCACCCACGUGUAAGCAAAAACACACAUGCAAAACACAUGCACACACACAAGCACACAUGCACCCACGUGUAUGCAGAAACACACAGUCAUAUAAAACACAUGCCUAUGCACAUGCACACACGCUCACUCACACAUGCACAAACAUGCACACACACACACGUGCCUGUGCACAGAUGCUCACCUGCCCAGGAGCUCACAUCCCCAGGGCACACAUAUGCCAUAUUUACUCAUGUGCACACAGGGACACUACAGUGGUUAAAACCAGCUGGCACAAGAAUCAGGAGUGUGGCUCUUUGCUCUUGCCCCAGGAUUCAGGGCCGGUUUGAAAUCUGUGGCACACCUGAGGACAACAGACCUGCUCUAGAGAGCGCAGGGGCCUUGCUGCCUCCAGACUUGGGCAGAGACGCCCUUGGCAGUGAUACUGCCUCUUGCUGUUCCAUCCUCAUCCCCUCAAGAGGUCCCCAGACCCGGUUGCAGGUUGGCAUGGCCCACCAAGGGUCACAGGUACACAGAAGGCACUGGGCACGGUGCAGUGGCCAUCACAUUCCCCUGGGGUGCCCUGGAUGGGGCCACCUUUGUCCUCUCCAGCUGGGGCCAUACUGGGAUUAUGGCAGAGGUGCCGGCAGGACAGGAAUCUCUAAGAAAAAAGACCACAUAGCCUGUGUGGAGGGCAAGAGGGAAAGUGGGCCCCUCCUUGCCCCACUCCUGUGCCCCUAAGCAUGCCCAGGUGAGCAUCCUACACCUGGCCACUGGGGCACCUGACUCAGGUCCAAGCCGAGCACCAUAAUCCCAUCCACAGGGCACCAGGGUUGGCUCAUUUAUGGGCAUGUGGCCCAGUCUCAGCAAAUAAGAUGGCAAUGCUUUGGCUGCCCAGGCCCCAAUCCUGAGCAGCAUGGAUGGGGGACACCCGGGCCCCUCCACCACCAUGGGGACGUCCAGGGCCUCUACCACAAUGAAGGAAGCCCAUUGUGGUAGACAGUUCUCCACCACCCAGGCCCCUCUACCAUCGUGGGGGACAUCCAGCCCUCUCCACCACCGUGGGGAUGUCCAGGCUUCCAUCGUUCCCAUGAUGGGGAACGUCCAAGCCCCUCUAUCAUUAUGGGGACAUCCAGGGCCUCUACCAGGAUGAUGGAGACCCAGGCCUCUGCCCCACCACGGAGGACGUCCGGGCCUCUCCACCACAAUGAGGGAAGCUGUCCCAGGACAGGGCCAACACCACAGAUGGCCCAGGCAGCCAGGUCCUGGUCACAGCAGAGCUGAAUCAAAUUCACCCUGAAGUCCACACUGGCAGCCAACCUAAGUGUCUCAAAAGCCCAUUUAAACCCUUCCUUAUGUGGGGUAGUCUGAGCCGGGCUUCCUCCUAAAUGCCACAGACAUGAAGCCUGCGGGCAGAGCCUCCCCUCCAGGCAUCCUCCUGGCCUCCGUGAAACAGCCCAGGUGCAGAGGCUGACACGUGGAUGCAGGCCCCACGGGCAGCAGGAUCAAGGGCUCCCCCAGGCGCUGCAGAGUCGUUUCUCUUCAAGGCCUUGAAGUCAGCCCCUCGCAGAGCCCUUUCUUGCCAUAUAAGGGAACGCCAGGUUCCAAUGUGGGUAUCGUGUCUCUUUGGGUGGGUGGGCGUGAUUCUGCCUUCCACCUGUGCGUGUGUGAACAAAACACACGUGUGUGCACCCGGCCCCAUGCCCACCUGUGUCUGCAAACAGACAGACAGACAGACAGACAUGCUGUCUUAGUCCAGAUUUCCCAAAAAGCAGAGCCUGAGGCAGGGAUUUCGGUGCAGGUGGUUUAUUUGGGAGGAGACCCGAGGAAGCCGGAGGAGCUUAUGUCAGGAGAGGACAUAUCCAUGAGCUGACUGCUGCCCUGGCCACUGCUAAGCACACACGGGACCCCGUAGCUAGGGAUGCGUCUGCAGACUUCGCACCCCACUCAGGGCCCCCCUGGACCAGUGGAGGAGCCUGUCGUCCUGGCCCCUCAUGGGUGACGCUUGUUAACCCCGAGGGCCCCUCGCCAGAAGAGACGCGUGUUCGGGUCUAACCCGUGGAGAGGCUGAUAUCCUUGUAAACAUCUCCCAGCGCU